AUGCUCUUUUUUAAAUUUUUUUAUAUUUUUUUCAGAACAAAAGAGAAAAUUAUUUAUUCUAUUAAAACGCCUAUAUUAUUUACUACUUUAAAUUUGACUUUAACAACAAAAAUUAUAAAAAUCAAUUAUUAUAAAAAUCAAUUAUUUUAAUAUAAAAUUAUAAAAAUCAAUUAUUUUAAUCAAUUAUUUUAGUUUAAUUUUCAACUUGACUUAAUUUAUUUUUUCAAUCCAUAUAUGUAUUUUCAAAUUUGUAAUGUCGCCCAAGAGGCAAAUAAAUAAAUAAAUAAAUAAAUAAAAGUUUGGUAUUUAUUUUUUUCUUCUGGAAGGUUGCUGA